UCUCUCUCUUCACAUGUAUACAACCCGACCAAACAGAUCUAAAGUCUAACCUAACCUCUGGGUCUUCGUCUUCCUUCUCCUGCCAGCAGUUAAAUCCAAAAAUGGCAGCCACUAGAUUGCUUCGCAGCGGUAGGCCUCUGGGUCUUCGUCUUCCUUCUCCUCCUUCUUCUUCCUACUCGACAUCGUCAUCGAAGAGUAAGAUUUUUAUGAACCUAAGCAGAGGGGAUGAGAUCAGAGAGAAGAGAAUCGGCGGCGAGAAGAAAUCGUCAGGGACUGUAAAGGCAGUGGCUGUUGCCGAGAGAAUCAAUUCUGUUUUGGAACCACAAACGAAGAACAUCGAAGGCGUGGAUUUGGCUUGGCUCCUCCUGAGGAAGGUUACUAAUGCGGCGCUUGUUAUCCUUCAAGUGGCUACCAAACCAAGGCCACGGGUAUUGAACCCACAGAUGUUCAUUGAGAGAGCCUUAAUUGACUGCCGAUUCUUCGCACUAUUUGCUGUUGCCGGAUCCUUACUUGGCUCAGUAUUGUGCUUCCUAGAGGGUUUCUUCCUCGUUAUACAGUCGUAUGUCUACUACUUUAACAUGUUAUCGCAAAACUUGGAUCAAGGACAUGUGGUGCAGCUACUAAUUGAAGCUAUAGAUAUGUUCCUGGUAGGAACAGCACUGCUUGUUUUUGGAAUGGGCUUGCAUGUCAUGUUUGUGGGAACGAAUCAUCUACAAACCAAAGGCCCACAACUCCCCGGAUCAAACUUGUUUGGGCUCUUCCAUCUCAAGACACUUCCGAGAUGGGCGUGCAUGCAAUCGAUAACGCAAGCAAAGUCGAAAAUCGGGCACGCCGUGGUUAUGAUACUGCAAGUGGGAGUGUUGGAGAAAUUCAGGAGUAUUCCUUUGGUUACGGGGUUGGAUCUGGCUUGCUUCGCGGGCGCCGUGUUUGUUUCUUCAGCUUGUGUUUUCCUACUAUCCCGGUUAUCCGUUGGCGGUACCGUGCCCACAUAGGUAGCCAAGAAAUCUCCAACGUUUACAUCGAUAACUGACCAAGGAAGCAUAUUAUAUAUACAUACCGAUCUGAAAUGGCGAAGGACGGGAAGCUACUCAACGUCAAGGAAAGCAAGCAAGUCUUUUACUAACGUACGUGGCAAAAUACGAGGAUGACCUGUCUGGUCUGAUCGUUUAACGGCUCUUUCUAAAGGAAGCAUUGUACACACUUAUAGAAUUAGAGAAGAAUAAAAAAUAUAAAUCAAAAAAAGCUAUACAUAGAGAGAGCUUUCUAAGAAAAGCAAGAAAGAAAGCCAAAAAUCACCCGAUAAAGUUUGUUCAUUUCUUGUUUUUGUUUUUAUCAUAUUCUUUCGUAGUAUUUGUAUUGCGCGCGUUCGUAAGGAUCAAAUUUCUUUUUUCUUUUUUAUUUUGCUCGGCGAGAUCCAAUUUCUUUGUAUCUUAUAGAUAGAUAUUUUGAUUUGUACGCAAAUAAGAUGUCUGAAAGUAAUUACUUGCCUAUUGUGAAAAUCUGUCUGGAAUUGUUUUCCAGAUACACGAAUAAAGUUGGGUGUAAAUUAAAUUGCGAGUGAA